AUGACAUCGCAGGGCAGUGGCGUGAAGGACGUCGGCUCUCUCCGCUUCCUCGACGAGGACGGCAUCGCUCUCUCGGACAAACAGAACGUCCACAAGAUCGACCCCCGGUCGCUGGACUUGCAGAUGCUGUCCCUCGCCAGGGAGGAGUACAUACAGAUCUUGAACGGGAUACUCGGCGAGGGCGUCGUGAGCGGACUGGUCGCCCAGUACGAGACGGCGAUCGGCAACGCACCACCCAAGGCCAAGGUGCGCACCUACCAGAGGGUCCUCAAGGACGUGAAACUCUGGAACGCGCACGUCAUAGCGGCGGAGUCGCAGCGCAUCCUAGGCGAAUCCAAGACCAUGCUCCAGCAGAUCUUGGCCGCCAUCUACGUCUCCAACGUGAAGAUCAUGGCAUCUAUCCGCGUCUCCGGGGGAGUCUCGUACGUAUCGAUCGUCAUCCCCUCAUGCGACUCCUUCUUGCACCGCGUGUACAUCGAGUGCGCGCGCAUCAUCUACCACAACCCCCUCAUCAUGCACAUCGACAGCAAACGGGCUACCGACGUCUUCCAACGCUCGGACUUGCUCACCAGAAUCGUCCACACCGCCAUCAAGAAGGCGCUCCGGGCGAUGCUGCCCAUCAAGGAGCUCCUCGAGGAGUACCUGAGUCUCGACAACUACAAGGACGGCAUGCGCCUAGACGAGCAGCCUCCUGUUCCCUCUCCUGCGCCCCCGCCUCCUCCUCCGCCACCUCCGCCACCUCCGCCUCCUCCGCCUCCUCCGCCCCCUCCCCCUUCCCCGCCGCUCGCGCCCCCUCGACCGUACCCAGAGCUGCCCAGGGCGAGCUUCUCUCCGCAGCCCGUGCUCCAGACCGCAAGUGGCGCGACCUACGAGGCUUCCAUUCCUAUGGAGGUGAAGAGCGUCGACGUGGUGCCCGUCGAGAUCGCCGAGAAGGCGAUGAACGAUGGGAACGAGAAGGCGGCACAGAUCUUCGGAAAGGCCAUCGGUAAGGCGGUGGACGAUCGGAAAGGCACUUUCGUCCUCUUCGUCAGCAACGGCUACUUGAAGCUCGAUUGGGCGAUGAGACGCAAGAUCAACCAGGAGAACAACGUCGUGAAGGGUCUCAUCCUGAGCGUCAAGCCCUCCGAUUUCUACCCCCCGAAGACGGACGCCCAGAAGAAUCUGAUAAAGCUCGCAUACCUUCAGUUCAUCAAGGUGGCAAAGAAGAUCUGCGAUGAUAAUCUAUGGGAACUGGAGUUCGAGACGGUGGACGAUAUCCUAUACGGCAUAUUGAAACCCGGUAUCGAGUAUAAAGAGCCGUCCGAUCCGAUCGGCACGUCUCGCCAGCUCGCGAAUCUAGAAAAGAAUCGCCUCGCAGCGGAGGCAGUUUACGGGAAGGCCUUGCUCGACCUCCCUUCCGGUGGAGACCCCUUCGAAGCUUCCAAGAAUAAAGAGGAAAAGAAAGAGGGGGGCGGGGCGGCCGUCGUCAAGAGACCCUUCUACUUGUGCAGGGCCGGGAUUUGCGACGGUCUCAAGUCGGAUUAUUGCAUCUGCGACGAGUCCGGCUGCUGCGACGACGACAGCCUCGUCAGAUCUUUCGAUCGCCUCUACGGUCGAUCGCGGAAACCGUACUGGUCCACGACGGACCCUGGACGCAUAGUGGUGCUCGGACGCUCCGGCACCAGCGCCGCCGCAGCAGACCUCAAGAGGCGGUUUCCUGGCAAAGAGGUGCACGUGAGGAAGUGGGGUCCAUCCGCCAACUCCUACCUCAGAGAGAACCCGCUGUCCUCUAGGAAUCAGCUGGAGGUGUACCGGCCUACGGACGCCUCUCGUGCCUCACUGAGGGCCGUCGCGAGAGCCUCGCGGAGAGGGGCCGACGUGAGCGUCUACUAG